AUGUCGGAGCAAGAGGAGCAGCUGGAGGCGUAUCAGAAGAUCGAGUCGCUGCUGCUUGCGGCGGGAUUCUUCCGGGUCCGCAUCGCGGCGCUGUCCAAGUUUGACAAGGUUGUGGGCGGGCUGGCAUGGGCGAUUGCUAACUGCGGCACGUCGGCCGACGUCAACGACGUGGUGUUUGUGGAGAACUCGUCGCUGCGGCAAAAGGUGCGGAUUGCAGACACCAUUCUGCGGGCGCUGCAAAAGAUGAAGUGCCCAUUCCCACUCGCUUCGCAGCACAUCCAGGGAUCCAACUUUAUCGAGCUCUUCAAGCCGAUCCAGUGGCUCGUCAAAAAGGUGCUGGAGAACCGGUCCGAGACCGGCGACUACAUGCGGCGCUUUGCCGAGUCGCAGUUUGACAAGUUCAACGCGCUGCCCGAAGACGUGCUCCGUGAGCGCUCGCUCAAGCCCGCCUCCGAGUACGCCAAGCACGUGGUGGAGCGGUACAAGCCGAAGCGCGGGUAUCGGCCGACGAUCUCGCUCCGCGAGCGGCCCGAGGAUGAGCAGGCGACCUCGGUCCUCCUUGAGUUUGGCCACCGGUACCGGCUCUCCAAGGCCUCGUCGGGUUCGGCCGAGGAGCAGGAGCGGCUGGCGCGGAUGGCGGCCGAGGAGGCCGAGCGGCUGAACGAGAUGAUGUCGUCGCUAGCCCAGGUCUCGGGCAAGGGCAUCGCGUCGUCGAUCAUGGGCUCUAUGUUUGGCGACACGUCAGACAUGGAGGCUGUCGACGACUCGGCCGAGCGCCUGGCCGAGCUCAAGCGGAAGCAGGCCGAGAGCCGCGAGGCCGCGUUUGUCAACAAGCGCGCCGCACUCAUGCAGCGCAUUGCCGCGCUGAAGGCCGAGGCCGAGGCUGCCGCCGCCGAGCUCGCCGCUGCCGAGGAACGCAACGCCGAGGGUGCCACCCGCCUGCAGGCCAAGGUCGAGUACAACGCCAACGUUGUGGCCGAGACGCAGAAGCUUCUCGACCUCGAGACGCCCGAGAACGCUCACAUUGUGGCCCAACUGCGCAAGCUCUACUCGCUCGUCGACAACCUCGAGCUGCAGCACACGUUUUUCCGCUCCUCCUGCGCCGCACAAAAGGCCGAGCUCGAGGCAACCAUCGCCCGGAUCAAGGCCGAGGGCCCCAACUCGGCCGUCGCCCAGCGGCUGGCCCAGCUACAGUCUGCCGAGGCUGCCGAGCAGCACAAGCUCGACCGCCUCCGCGCAGCGUACGCCAAAAAGAUCCGCGACAUUGCCCUCGUCGAGCGCAAGAUCGACGAGCUCCCAUCUCGGGCCGAGCUCAACCAGUACCAGCGGCGGUUUGUCGAGCUCUACGAGCUCGUCGCUUCCAAGCACAUCGAGACCAAGCGGUUCUACGCUACGUUCAACACCCUCACCUCGGUCCAUGAGUACCUUGACAAGGAGGUCGAGUACGUCGAGUCCAUCGCAGAAUCGUACCGCGCCGUGUUCAAGGUCAAGAAGCCAAAGUCCAAGGCCAAGGCUCAGUUUGUGGCCCACGUCGAGGAGCUCGCAAACUCGCUCGGCUCAAUCCUUGAGCGCGCCAAGGACCAAGCUGCCAACGAGAAGGCCAACCGCGACGGCCUCAAUGCGCUUUAUCUCAAGCAGGUCGACAUCGAGCGCAAGUACUUCCAGGCCGUCAAGGCGUUUGAGAAGGAGUGCGGCAAGAACGAGCUGCUCAUGACCCAGUUGGUGGCCGAGGCUGAGGCCUGACCACCGUCGGCAGUUGCCGUAAAACAAGCAGAGGGCGAGA